ACUACCGCGCCACGGCGAAGGACACGGCGCCCGAGCGGGGCCGAGCCGGACCGGAGCGAGCGGGGCCGGGCGGGCUCAGGCGCCAUGAGCGGCCCUGUGGAGGAUGAGAAGCUGCGGGUGCAGCAGCUCCGCGCCCUGCGGCGCCGCUGGCUGCGGGACCAGGAGCUGAGCCCGCGAGAGCCCGUCCUGCCGCCGCAGAAGCUCGGGCCCGUGGCCGCCUUCUGGGAGCGCUUCCUGCAGCCCGGGGAUUCCUGGCGGCAGCAGGUGCACAAGUUCUACCAGGGCGGCCGCUUCGUCAUGCUGCGGGUGCUGCUCCCCGCCUGGGCCGUCACCUACUACCUGAAGUACCACGUCUGGAAAUCACCUCAUGGUGUGGUUAUGACAAACCCACGGAUAUUCCCAGGGGACAGGAUUUUAGAGACUGGAGAGAUCAUGCCACCCCUGAGAGAUGAGCACCACAAGCACCACUGAUGGCCAGCAGCUGAUUUCCUCCUUGGGAGGACAUGCUGUCCCACUGCAGGUGACAGCACGUGGUGCAGGGCGAGCAGGAGGAACCACGAGCCAGACCAGUACACUGCUGACAGCUGCUGGACCUCUGCAACCACCAUAUGCCUCCACAAAUACAAUUUGCAUCUUCCCUGGAGCAUUCCUGGACCUUUCAAAGUCAUUGAGUCCAAUUUUCCUUGUACCAAAAACGUGAUGCAUGCUCUUGACAACAAAAGCAAAACUCUUC